AUGAACAAGCGAGCGAGGACAUCCGGGCCGGAGGCGCGAACCACCAUAGUGGCUUCCGCCGUCCUCAAACUCAGCGUGGACUACGAGCAAAGCCAGGAGCUCCCCAUCGGCAAGGCCGUCUACUCCGACACCGUCACCGUCGGCCAAGACAACCUCUGGAGGGUGGAGUGCUUCCUCCGCGGGGAGAAGGUCGCCGACGGGGGCAAGUACAUUUCAGUCUUCCUCAGGCACAUGGGCGAAUCCACAAGUGUCAUGCCUGUCUUCGAGGUUUGCUUGAUGGACAGGAGCGGCAGGCCGUCAAUGCGCCAAAGAAAGACCACUCUUCGUGACUGCGAGACCAUGGCGGAUGAUGGGAAUGGGCGCACCUGGGGAUGGACUCAGUUCAUCGCAGCAACUCUGGCCGAGAGAAAUUACACGACGGCUGACGGGCACAUUACGUUUGUGUGCUCCAUCAUGGUCAUCGAUGACAGCUCCACUCCCGUGCCGCCUUCAGACAUAGGGGCCCAUCUCGGCCAAUUGCUAGAUCAUGCCGAGGGGACAGAUGUGUCAUUCAUCGUCGAGGGCCAGAUGUUCCACGCUCACCGAGCGGUGCUAGCCGCUCGUUCGUCGGUCUUCAGGGCGGAGCUCUUCGGCUCCAUGUCCGAGGCUACAAUGCCAUCCAUCACGCUGCAGGACAUUGCACCUGCGACAUUUGAAGUUAUGCUUAGGUACAUGUACACGGAUGCCUUGCCUUCCGAUAACAUGCCUGGGGCCUGUCCCAUUAACACGCUUCAGCAUCUGCUUGCUGCGGCCGACCGGUAUGCACUUGACAGGCUAAAGAUUAUUUGCGCACACAAGUUAUGGGAGGAGGUGUCCAUAGAAACAGCCACAACUAUCUUAGCUUGUGCCGAAACCUACAACUGUGCAGAGUUGAAGAGCAAGUGCAUCGACUUCAUCGUGCUGGGGAAAAAUUUGAAAGAGGUCAUAUUCACUGAGAGUUAUGGGUCGUUGCUUGUGAAGUUCCCAUCCGUUGCUGCUGAGCUCAGAGAGAAGCUACAUGACAGGAUUUAUGCGUAUGGAAAUGGAAUAGGGGCUACAGAAGACUGA